AAGGCAAAAUCAGUUCAUGCGUAUCUGCCUGAAGGCACAUGGUACUCUUUAUACGAUCACGAUUAUGGGCAGUUAAUGCGAGAAGGCUAUCAGAAAUUCCCAGCUCCAUGGACGUCACUCAUCCCAGUUUUCGUCAGAGGUGGCUCCAUUCUUCCGCGUCAAGCACCCGAGAAAACAACCGACGCAUCUCGGCAGAAUCCGUUCGAGUUACUAAUUGCUCCUAGUCAGAAC